AUGGCCAUGUCCAUGUCUCCUUCUCCCUGGAAAGAACGUGCAACAGGUAGCUCGGAUAGUGUUUGCACCUGUCAUCGUAUUCGCCGGCAGUUCGCGGGUCAGCAUGAAUCCAUGAUAUGUACCUGUGUAGAUGAACAAGAAGCCAGGAGGGCCAGGUAG